GAUAAAGAUGAUAAAGAUGAUAAAGAUGUUAAAGAUGUUAAAGAUGUUAAAGAUGAUAAAGAUGUUAAAGAUGUUAAAGAUGUUAAAGAUGGGUGGUCAGUGAUGACGUAUGAGGAAGAGCAUCUGAGUUUACUUUGGUACUAAAUGCAACACUGCUUGUGGUCUUUAUUUUGAUUAUUUUGAAUUAGAUCAAAGGCAUUUAGCAAAUACUGUACAUUUACAUAGCAUUUUCAAGCAUCAAAGCAGUCAAUAAUUAAGGACAUUUAUGCAAUUAUCCACGUCACGACGCGUUUUCCCGACGUUUCAAUUUUUCCAGAAUACUGAAUGCCUUUGAUCUAAUUAUUAGAUCUCAUUAUGCCUUUGAUCUAAUUAUUAGACCAAAUGCAUUCAGCAGGUACUUCCACAUUUCUCAACACAUUCCAACCGUUCAAGCGUCAAAGCAUUCAAUAAUUAAGGACAUUUAUGCAAUUAUCCAUUUCACGACACGUUUUCCCGACAUUCCUAUUUUUCCAGAAUACUGAAUGCCUUUGAUGUAAUUAUUAAAUCUAAUUAUGCCUUUGAUCUAAUUAUUAGAUCAAAGGCAUUCCGCAGCUAUUUCCACAUUUUGCAACAGAUUUUGCAACAGAUUCCAACCUUUUCUUCCCUUAAAUGAAUAUUAUGGUUUUACUUUGGAAUCUUCGUCCUUGAAGGAAAGAGUUUUGGGGGGGGUGGAGCAGCAGGAGGCUGUUAGCAAUGCCUUGUGGGUAAACAGCUGCAGAGCAAACCAAAAGGAGAAGGUCAGGUCAGGUCCUCCUCGUUUUCCUUCUUGCUGACACCAUGAGGAGGAACAACUUGGUCUCCCUCACAUGGUUCAAGAACCACAGGAAGGCUCUGGUGAAGUCGGUGGAUAAAAAGAUUCCCAAUGGCUUCCUGGAGGAACAAGGAGAGCAAAGAGUGGUGCUCCUUCCCAGGUCGCCCUCGCCUUCCAAGAGGUACUUCCCGAUCCCGUUGGACUCGCUGGAGGACGAGUACCGCGUACGCUCGGCGGACGACGGCAAGCUCUUCAGAGAGGAGUUCAACUCGCUGCCGUGCUACUACCACCACGGUUCCUUCGAAGAGGCUAGCAAAGAGCACAACAGAGACAAAAACAGAUACCCCAACAUUUUACCAUACGACCAUUCCAGAGUAGUACUCAGCGGUCACCUCGGACACGUGUGCUCGGACUACAUAAAUGCAUCUUACAUUGACGGGUUCAAACAAAAGAAGAAAUUCAUUGCAGCUCAAGGUCCAAAGCUGGAGACCGUGGCCGACUUCUGGCGGAUGAUUUGGGAGCAGAAGACCACAACCAUCGUGAUGCUGACAAAUCUAAAAGAAAGAAAAGAGGACAAAUGUUAUCAGUACUGGCCGGAGAAAGGCUGCUGGAUGUACGGCAACAUGAGAGUGGCUGUGGAGGACGUCACCGUGCUGGUGGACUACACAGUCAGGAAGUUCUGCAUUCAGUAUCAGGGCAGCGAUGGCCCCCGGGCCCCGUGUUUGGUCACCCAGCUCCACUUUACCAGCUGGCCAGACUUCGGGGUGCCGUUCUCGCCCAUCGGCAUGCUGAAAUUCCUCAAGAAGGUCAAAGCAGUCAACCCGCCGUACGCCGGGCCCGUUGUGGUGCACUGCAGCGCCGGUGUGGGAAGGACGGGCACGUUCAUUGUCAUUGACAGCAUGAUCGACAUGAUGCACAUGGAGCAGCGAGUGGACGUCUUCGGCUUUGUGAGCAGAAUACGAGAGCAGCGCUGUCAGCUCAUCCAGACCGAUAUGCAGUACUCGUUCAUCUACCAGGCCCUGCUGGAGUACUACCUGUACGGAGACACCGAGCUGGAUGUGUGCUCCCUGGAGGGACAUCUCCACAGGCUCCACAACACCAGAGCCCCCCACGACAGACUGGGCCUGGAGGAGGAGUUCAGGAAGCUGACCAAUGUGCGCAUAAUGAAGGAGAACAUGAGAACGGGGAAUCUUCCAGCCAACAUGAAGAAGAACCGCGUGCUUCAGAUCAUCCCGUAUGAUUUCAACCGAGUAAUUCUGUCAGUGAAAAGAGGUCAGGAGUUCACCGACUACAUCAAUGCCUCCUUUAUUGACGGCUACAGGCAGAAGGACUAUUUCAUCGCAACCCAGGCCCCCCUGUCUCACACGGCGGAGGACUUCUGGAGGAUGGUGUGGGAGUGGAGGUGCCACUCGAUCGUUAUGCUCACUGAACUAAAGGAGAGGGAGCAGGAGAAGUCCUUCCAGUAUUGGCCGUUAGAGGGCAGUGUUACAUUUGGAGACUACGCCGUGGAGCUGAGUGGAGAUUCGCAGGGGGAAGCCUUCACGCUCAAAGACUUGCUGCUCACUUGCAGGCCAGAGAACCGGUCACAUCACGUCCGUCAUUUCCACUUCCACGGCUGGCCCGAGAUCGGAAUACCGUCGGAGGGGAGAGGGAUGAUUGACAUCAUCGCGUCGGUGCAGAGGCAGCAGCAGCAAUCUGGAAACCGUCCCAUCGUCGUGCACUGCAGUGCCGGCGCGGGUCGGACGGGGACCUUCAUCGCCCUCAGUAACAUCCUGGAGCGUGUGAAGGCCGAGGGUCUGCUGGACGUCUUCCAGACGGUGAAGAGUUUACGCAUGCAGCGUCCCCACAUGGUCCAGACCGUGGAGCAGUACGACUUCUGCUACCGAGUGGUGCAGGAUUUUGUGGACAUCUUCUCCGACUACGCCAACUUUAAAUAACUUCGGAUGUUUUUUUUUUUCUUGUUUGUUUUUGAAUGUAUGUUUUCUAAGGUAAUACUUUUUACAUUUUGUAUCAUAUUGUACCAUAGGAAAACAUCUAGGAUUCAAUUCUACUUGUUGGUUUCUAAUACUAUGUCAGUUUGAUGUGUUGAAUACAUGACUGUAGAGCAGGGGUGCUCACACUUUUUCAGCAUGCGAGCUACUUUUAAAAUGACCGAGUCAAAAUGAUCUACCCACUACAAAAAUGCAAAACAUCUAUUUAUUUUCAAAUGUAUUGAGGAUUAUUUGUACGUACAAUGUAUGUUGAUGUACCAUUAACAUUUUUUGUAAUUACCUGAGUUUACUUUGAUGACUUGCACUGAAUUGAACCAGCCAGGGAUGCAUAGUCCGGACAGUAGCUGCUGAUAGCCAGCCUCAAGCACACUUCCAAAUGUUUAUCAGUCAUGGAUAAUAUCCGUAUCACAAUAUCCAUAUAAUAUUCCAUAUCCGUAUGGAAGUGAUAUGUUUUUUGCCUUUUUACUUGGUCCAGUUUUUGCCUUUUUACUUGGUCCAGCUCCUUCACUCAUUUUAGUGACCAUAAACUUUAGCGAGGGCUUUAAAAUCUCGCAAUUCGCCGACUAGCUUAGCACUUUGCAUCGUUGUUUACGCAUGAGCGGUGACCUAAAGGUCAAAAUUCAGUUGUCAUCUGAUUGGUUGUCCUGUAUGUCAAUCAAGUAACGGGGAUGGAUGAUAGGCUGACAUCGUAAGUUCUGCUGCACUUAGAGACGUUGUUUGAUUUGAUUGGUCGCCCGAAGGGCAACAUUCAGUUGUCAUCUGAAUGGCUGCCCUGUAUAUCAAUCAAGUGACGGCAUUGAUGCUGGGAUGAUAUUUUUUAAUGUCACGCCGCGAUCGACCAGCGAUCGACCAGUACCACCUCCGCGAUCGACCGGUAGCUCGCGAUCGACUUAAUGAGCACCCCUGCUGUAGAGUAAACGUACGUAUUUGAAUACUCGCUUUCCUACGAUGUAGUACGCUUCCGAGCGACCACAAUGCCUUUCAGUCCCAUCUAGUAAGUAUAAGUAAGUAGAAAUGUUCAAGCGUGUUUGUCGGCUGAAAUAAGCAACAUCGGCCAACAAAAGCAUCCCAUUGAAAAUGCAUCUGACUGUGUUGGCCUAUGAAUAACUUAGCAGCCGCUGUCGCUUGUCAUUUUACUCAACUUCAGCAACUUUCUUCUCUUGCCCGUGGCCAUAUUACUUAGUGCUUCAGUGCCUGACACUGCAAAAUGCCAUUAACCCAUAUUGGAAAUAAUGUCUAAUAACUCCAAGUCAAAACAUGUCAUUCACACGGGCCCCCCCCCCCCCCCCCCCCACCCCACCCCACCCCGCCAUUCCUUCCCCGGGAACCCCGCAGCCCACCCUUGGUAUCCAAUUACGCUUUUAACAUGUUGGCCAUUUCUCCAGCAUGCACGUUUUGAUUAGGAAAAACACUUCUAAUCGUGUCCAAUUUGUCAUCCGGUGACGCCGCUUUGACACCGCUUUGACUUUUGAAGCGUAAGCCACACGACAUUUUAAGUUCGGCGUCCAUGUUGUUGUGUAUGACUUCAUGACGGUUGUACUUGACGGCUACACGCAGAUAAAAAAUAUUAGGAAAUAGCCCCAAACAGUGCAUGAGCUCCGUCAUUUUUACACACGAUAAUAGGAUAAUACUUCAGUGGGAUGAUACCGCAACAUUUCUGCAAAAAACUUAUGAAUUAAUUAAUUCACAUUAAUUCAAAUUAAUGAAUAAUUACUGCGAUAGUAUAAGACUUGCUGUUGUAAGCUAUUGCAUCAUAUCCUGCGUUAUUGUGGUCGUCACUAAGCUUUAUGAGAGUGCCAUUCUUUGAAAUCCAAAUCAUUGUAAUAGAUAGAUCGGGGGUGCCCAAAGUGUGACCCGAGGGUCAUUUGUAGUCCACGGUUGUUAAGAAGACAAGUCAAAUAAUUCAGGAAAAAUAACGCAAUUUUAGUAAACAACGAUGGUUAGAAUACGUGGACUGUUACCAGUCAAGAUAUUCUGGGAUAUGAAUUCAUAAUUACCUGAAUAGAACAUAUAAGAAAAAAGUUGAAAAAUUACAAAAUCUUUUUUUUUCCUUUUUAGAAUAAAGUCCAAAUAUUUUUUUUUAAAAGUUGUCAUUUUAGUAAAAUUAUAUUUGUUAUUAUAAUUAUAAUAUUUUAGUAAUAUUAAUGUAGUAAAAAAAAAAAUUAAAGUAAUAUUACAUUGAAUAUGUUUUUCUUUUAAAAUUACAACAAAAAUAAAUCAAGUUGUUGGGAAUUAGGCUGGUGGAAAAGUUCUAAUAUACUGGGAAUAAAGUCAAAAUAUUCUUGGAAUAUUAUGAGGAAAAAUAAUGAAAAAUAAUGUAAAAUUAGGUUGGGGAAAUGUUAUUUAAUAUUAAUUAAACAUUAUUUAAUUAAUUAGUUAAUAUUAUCGCACUAAAGUGAAAAUAUUCUGUGAAUAAAGUCAAAAUAUUCUUGGAAUAAACAUAUCAUAUGAUGAGGAAAAAUAAUGAAAAAUAAUGUCAUUUUAGGAGCGUAAAGUAGAAAUAUGAAGGAAUUUUUUAAAAUUUUUAAACAAAAACUAGUAUUAUGAGAAACAAAUAAAGCAAAAAAAAUUCAACUUCUGUAAAAUUUGGUUGGAGAAAUGUUAUAAUAUUAUCGCACUAAAGUGAAAAUAUUCUGGGAAUAAAGUCAAAAUAUUCUUGGAAUGAACGUAUCAUAUUAUGAGGAAAAAUAAUGAAAAAUAAUGUCAUUUUAGGAGUGUCAAGUAGAAAUAUUAAGUAUUGUAUUAAUUUUAAACGAAAACUUGUAGUAUUAUGAGAAAAAAAUAAAGCAAAAAAAUGCAACUUAUGUAAAAUUCAAUUAAUUAUAAUAUUAACGCACUAAAGUGAAAAUAUUAUGGAAAUAAAGUCAUAAUUACAGACCCCUUUUA